AUAUUAUAUUAUGAAAACUUAAAAAUGACAUUCUUACUAUCAAUUUUUUCAUUUAUAUUUCUUGAAUGAACAGGUAUCAUAAAUAAAUGAAAUCGAAAUGAAAAUCAAAGAAUUAACUAAACAGUUCAGCUUAAAAAAGGUAAAUACAAAUGGACAAUAAUAGAAAUGAUUUUACAUCGAUUUACUCAGGUCCACCAUUGUCAAUGGCAAGUAAACAAAUAGAAAAUGGACUUUUAAACUGUAAACAGUUACCUAACUCUAAAAUGUUUUAUAUGUCUAAUUCCACAAUUAACACGGCCGGGAACAAUAAUAUUAGCAAUAAUAAUAAUGAUACUAUAUCUAAUUUCAACAAUCAUAGUUAUCAAGAAGCCACAAAAAUCAUGAAAGUGUAUAUUCUCUUCUAUCCAAAGAAGAACAAAUCAAGAACAAUUCAAAAUCAAUCUUCAUUCGUAUGUUAUUACCAAAUAAAUAUAAAUCAGUAAAUAAUAAUGCAAAAAGGAUACAGAAGCAUGAAAUACCGUCAACAUCGAACAGAAAUGUUACUUUUAUUGAGUUUACAAGCUGUAAAUCUGAGAAUUUAAAUCAAGCACUCAAUGAACCUGAAUACAUUCAAAUGAAACCAUCAUUGAAACAUAGAACAAAGUCAUUGCUAUUCAACACAUUCUCUAUGAAACCAUUUACUUGUUCUGAAUCAAAUACAAAUUUUAAUAUUUGCUCAAAUUUAUCUGAUUAUAUUCAUGCAAAUGAUAGACGUAAACAAAUGUUGAUGGCUAUCAUUGUAAUAUUCAUUUUGUUAUUGAUCAUUAUGAUUAUUACUAUGAUCGUAUUAUAUAAUCAGUUUGAUGAAUCACUAGUUACAUUGUCAUUAUCGCCAUCCUCCUCCUCCUCAUCAUCAUCAUCAACCUUAUCACCGGUGAAUAGAUUAUCAAAUUUAAACAAACCACACUUUCCACCACUAUUGUCUUCAUCUUUAUCAACUACUGAUUACAUGAAUAGUAGUAGUAGUAGUGAUAGUAUGAAAGAUCAAAAGUGUAAAACACAAAAAUUUUGUUUAAAUAUUAGUUGUUUACAAAUUGCUUCUAUAUUAGCUGAACGUUUAGGACGAUAUAAUCGACCUAAAAGCUUAAUGAAAUUAUUAGAUAAAUGUUCACCUGAACAAGUUGAUGAAAUUAUUAAAAUCUUUUAUAUUGGUGAUGAAUUUCACUUAUCGAAUAGUGCAAAUAGUUUGCAUAAAUUUAAACAAAAGCGUUUAUUCAAUUUAUGGUCAUAUGUAAGUGAUCAAUUACAAUCAUACAUUAUUGAGGAUAAGAAUCGUCCUUUACUAUUAUGGACAGAGAAAUUGGCUUAUUUAUUUCAACGUUUAAUUGAUCAGUAUAUGUUUAAGAAAAAUAUUACUAAUACUGUUGUGAAUAAUAUCCAUGAAAGUAACUCUGGUGUUGCUACAAAUAACACUAAUCGUAAGUUAUCAUUGGAUUCCACGAGAAGUAAUAUUCAAAGAAAUCCUAAGAUGCUAUUGGCUAUUAGAAACACAAGUUUAUUGUAUUCUUCAACUGGACUUCGAAGAGAUGAAGUGUCUCAAUCUUCGCCUGCCUCUUCUUCUGUAUCCUUUCUGUUUCCAUUCACAGUUACGGUAACAGAGGGAUCAGGAUUGAGUGAAUUCGACACAAUUAGUAGGUCAUAUCAUACAGAAUUCGAGCAGUUGAAUGCCUUACUACAAAUGGGGAAUAUUGCAUUUCAUGGACUUGAUAAUGUCCUGGUAAAUGUACAACUCAAUUUGCGUGUGCCAUUAUUCUUCUCGGCCUGGAUUGCCCGUUCUCAUACACCCGGAUUAAUGGAUUCAUUUAUACCAAUGCUUGAUCGUUGUGAACUACCAGAACUGCCAACCUAUGAAGAACUGGAAAAUUAUGUCCCCAUAGAAUCCAGAUCAUUUUUGACCUCCACAUCAUCUAUAUUUACGGCAACAUCAUCAUCAUCACCACACUAUUCUUCUUCAUCAACAUCGUUCCUAUGGAAUAGAGUAAAUGAAUUACAAACUUACAUUCAUCAUCUUGGUCAAUUGGCUUGGAAAGUACGAUAUUCACAUAUUCAUAAGAGAAAUAUUUCAGAUGAAUUAAAAUUUCUGAAUUUGUCUGGAGUUAUACCGGUAUUGUAUAAACUUCAAAAGCUGAAUCAUCCAAAUGGAACCAAUUCAAUGAAAUCGCAAACAAUGACACUACGUGAAUUAAUGCAAGUUACACAGCACACUAUUAACUUUCCACGUUAUUUGGGUAGACUAACUUCAUGGAAUCACUUGACUGUGAUGCCAAGAGAUAUGCAAGUCUGGGUUGUGAAUGUUGAUUAUUAUGAUAAAUUAGGUCGUAUGCUACAACAAACAUCAUUCAGUGAGCUGCAAGAUUAUAUUACAUUUGCAAUACUUCAUAAAUAUGGUGCAUUUGUUGAUCAACAGACAGCUCAGUUGAAGAGUAAGUUUCUGAAACCCUAUGCAGAAAGUCUUGGAAUGGAACAAGUUUCCUAUUGGCCAUUUUUACUGGACUUAGCUUCUCCAGGAUUAAAACUGAUUUUGCAAAGUAGAUGGAGUUUGAGUCAGUUGAAUCAUGCAAUCAAACAAUUUCACAGUGAAAUUCUAAUACCAGUACAAACUAUUAUUGUCAGGUUGCUGAAUAUCUCAAUGGAUGAUCCAAUGAAAUGUAACCAGUUAAUCAACAAGAUAAGUAGUAUGAAAAUUCAACUAAUGUCUCACAAUGAUCACAUUUGGAUGGAAGAUUUUUAUUCAGAGCUGAAUAUUCAUACAAAACAAAGUCUUCUAAUGCAGUUAGUUAGCUUUAAUAAUUUCCUAUCUAAAAAAGCCAUAUCUACAGAUUUAUCUAAAUUGAUUCCAGAUCUUGGCCUCAGUUCUGGUGGAAGCAAACUUUUUCAGUAUAUUGAAAGUUCAAAUAUAAUGGAGAUUUCUCUUCUUCUGCUACAAUGGCCUCAUUUUAUGCCUGAUUUGUCAAUACCAAGAUACCUAAAUUUUGGUUAUUUGUGGUACUCUAUUGCAAAGAUCAUAUCAAAGUUACUAACAGAUGACGAAUGUUUUAAUCCGAAAAUGUUUUAUUGGAGUGAAAAAGAUGAAUUUGAUCAAUAUGUAAGAAAGUUUUUACUGGAUUCCAAAAUUAUGGAUAAUUGGAUAUCAUUGUCUAAUACAACAAAUGUCUUCCAAUCGAUUUUGGCUAUUGAAAUCGCUGGACGAGUAUACAAAGAAUACUUACAAGCUAACCUAAAUCAACCAGAUUCUAAUUUACCAGGAAUAUUUUUUACAAAUGAAGAAUUAUUUUAUCAGUGGAUAUUUCAACUUACCUGUCCUGGAUUCGACUACUCUAAUACUAUAACACACAAUCAAGUCUUACAGCACAGCAUAACAGAAUGUGAUGCGAUUCGUACAGCUCUGAAGUUAUCACCCACAUUCAGGUGGUUUAUGAAUUGUCCUCAAUUGUCUUCAUAGUUGCUGUCAUAAUCUCAUUGCAAUACUGAGAGUAAACUCAACCACCAUCCUGUAAUCGUUAACCAAUCAAAAUUGUAAACAAAUAUCUUCUUUUUAAGUGUACAUUAACUAUGCAUAGUUUAACUCCAAGACGAUUCCAAUGCGUAGUUCGUAUGAUAAUACGCCCAUAGAUAUUGUUUUUGUGAUCAUAUUAAGAUGAGAAAAUAUUUUUAAGGAACAUUUGUAUAUAUAUAUAUCAAUAAAGCAGAAAUAAAAAAGAAGUUUGAGAAGUGUGAUG